UGUACCGUGGCUUGAUAAUCUGUUAACUGAUAAAGAAUAUGAAGAGCUAUAUUAUCUUACACCAGAGAUGAAAAAAGAAUCUGAAUUAGAAUUAAAAAUAUACUUAUCAUCGAUUUUAAAAGACCUUAUAACUGAAAAAGAUCAAGAAAUAAAUGUUAUUGAUCAAAAAGAAGCAGCUGCCAUGGAUGAAGCUAAUAUAUUAAAACAAGAGCUUAUAGCAAUUAUCAAUUCAUUACUAAGUUCAGUUAAUAUUUCCGAUAGUUCAAAAUAUCAUGGGUUAAAGCAAAAAAAUUGUAAUCAAUUACAAGAGAUCAUACAAAGUAUUAGAGACCUUCAUAAUGAACAAGAUGGACUUGAAGAUGAA